AUGGCUACCCCUAGUGUCCUAGCUUUUGACGCUGAGGGUCGGGCCAUUGAUUUUGAGGUCUGGUUAGACGACCUGCAGCUGUUCUUACAGUGCGACAGGGCUGACGACCUUUCUCUCUUUGAUCUCACCUCUGGCGCCUCUCCUGCUUCUGCUGCUGAUGCUGAUCCUGCUGUCCGCUCUAAGUGGGCCACCCGCGAUGCUGCUGCACGUCUUGCUGUGCGUCGCCACCUCCCUACCUCUGAGCGUGCGCACUUCAGUCAGUACAAGAGUGCUCAGACCUUGUACGACGCUGUGGUUGCGCGCUACUCCUCCUCUGCCACUACUGCACUGAGCCGUCUCAUGCUUCCCUACCUCUUUCCUGACCUCUCUGCCUUUCCCACUGUCGCUGACCUCAUUACGCACCUCCGCACUAGUGACACUCGCUACCGCGCCGCCCUUCCUGCUGAGUUCUGCGCUAAGAACCCCCCCCCCAUGUUCAUCGCUCUCUACUACGUAGUCGCGCGCCUCCCUGACUCCCUUCGAGUCGUCAGGGACCACUUUCUCGCAGUCUGUCCCACCACCCUCACCGUCGACCUCCUCGAGAAGGCCCUCUUCGCAGCGGAGAAGAGCAUCGUCGCUGUAGGUGCUUCUCGUGGUGACCCUCGCACCCCCAUCUUUGAGGGGUGCUCUCCUUCCCCCUUGCUGCCCUCUGUUGCCUCUGCUGCUGCUGCUGCCGACCUGCUUGGUCUUGAGUCGGUCGGCGCGGCGUCUGCCCCUAGUGGGAGACGUCGCUCCAGCAAGGGCAAGGGGGGCAAGGGCGCGGGUGGAGCUGGAGGGGGCGGUGGCGGUAGCGGCGGUGGCGGCGGAGGGAGUGGGGGUGGCGGCGGGACUAGUGGCGGGGGUGGUGGUGGUGGUGGCAGCAGCGGCGGAGACGGUGGUGGUGGUGCCAGCGGCGGUGGUGGAGGCAGCGGCGGAGGUGGAGGCGGCGGAGGUGGAGGCGGUGGAGGCGGCAGCGGAGGAGGCAGUGGUGGUGGAGGGGGUGGAUCUGGUCGGGGUGGUACCCAGCAGCGUAGCGGCGGUGGUGGUGGCCAGCGCUCGCAGCGGCAGCAGCAGCAGCGCUCGCGGGACAUCCCUUCGCCUCAGCAGCUUCGUGAGUGGUACGCUGGGCGUCAGAGGGGUGGGGGUACUGGUCCCUGCACCUACGUUCUUCGUUCCGGCGACCGCGCGGCGAUCUUUGAUCUUGAUUUUGAUGCUAUCCUUACUGCUAUGUAUGUUGUGGAUUAUAGUGAGGAGAAUGAGGGUUACCGCUGUUUCCAGCCCGACCCGGGCAUUGGUGCUGCUGCUCUAGGUGCCAGUGCGUCUGCGCUCUCAGGUACUGGUGAGACUGCGCUCUCAGGUACUGAGUCGUCCUCGUCCUCCCUCACUUUCACACUUGACUCCGGAGCUUCUCGCUCCUUCUUUCGAGACCGCACUACCCUUACGCCGCUUGGCCGGCCGGUUGCAGUCUCCCUUGCUGACCCCUCUGGGGGUCCUGUCCUGUCUCACUUCUCCACUGUCCUCCCGUGUCCGGCUGCCCCUUCGGGCACCCUGUCGGGUCUGUACCUUCCCUCGUUCUCUACGAACUUGGUGAGUGGAGCGGACCUGCAGGAUGUGGGUGUUCACCAGUUCACUCCUGCGAGUCAGCGGGUGACCCACUGCACGGAGGCACGCACAGGCCGAGACCUGGCCACGUUCUCGCGUCGGCCGAGGUUGAGUCUCUACACCCUGACCGUUGAGUCUCCUCCUGUCCCUGCGUCUGGUCAGGUGGCUGCGUCGGGUCAGGUACUUGCUGCUGCGUCCCGGUCAGGUCCUGAUUCUGCCCCCUGUUCUUGUCGCCUCCUGACUCACGAGACUCUCCUGUGGCACCACCGUCUUGGCCACCCCUCCUUGCCCCGUCUUCAGAGCAUGGCUUCCCGUGUCCUUGUCUCUGGUCUUCCCCAGUCUCUCCCUCCUCUCCCCUCCGGGCCAGGACCUUCCUGUGUCCCCUGUGUCGAGGGUCGCCUCCGGGCUACUCCUCACUCCUCCCACUUCCCCCCGACAGAGGCUCCCCUGCAGACGCUUCACAUGGAUGUGUGGGGCCCAGCCCCCGUCCGUGGGCAGGGUUACGAGCGCUACUUCCUGUUGGUGGUUGACGACUACUCGCGUUACACCACAGUCCUCCCCUUGCGCAGCAAGGGUGCGGUCACUGAGGUGCUGAUUGACUGGAUCCGCGAGGCUCGUCUCCAGCUCAGGAUGAGCUUCGGCUCGGACUUUCCUGUUCUGCGUCUGCACUCUGACAGAGGCGGAGAGUUCUCUUCUCGCCUUCUGCGAGACUACUGUCGUGCACGGGGGAUCCGCCAGACCUUCACGCUUCCGGACUCACCACAGCAAAAUGGGAUUGCUGAGCGCCGCAUUGGCAUGGUCAUGGAUGUCGCUCGUACGUCCAUGAUGCAUGCGGCUGCCCCCCAUUUUCUGUGGCCGUUUGCGGUGAGGUACGCGGCGCAUCAGCUCAACCUUCACCCCCGGGUCUCUCGGCCUGCGAUGUCCCCAGUCUUGCUGUGGACGGGGAAGGUUGGCGAUGCGUCUGUGUUCCGUGUCUGGGGAUCUCGGGCGUUUGUCCGCGACUUGUCUGCGGACAAGCUGUCCCCUCGUGCUGCUCCCUGUGUCUUCCUUGGCUUCCCCACUGACGCCCCAAAGUGGCAGUUUUACCACCCCUCCUCUCGUCGUGUUCUGUCCUCCCAGGACGUCACGUUCGACAAGUCAAUCCCCUUCUACCGUCUCUUCCCCUACCGCACUCCUUCCCUCCCCCCUCCCCCGGACUUCCUUGUGCCGGUUCCCCCCCCGGUAGACCCCCUCCCCCCUCAGGUUCCUGCCCCCUCACGUGUGUCCCAGGUAGACGCCGUUGACCCGGUCGAGGUUACUGGUGACUCUGGUGCUGCUGCGGGUGCUGAGCCUGGGGGUGCUGACUCUGGGGGUACUGUGCGCGGGGGUGCUGAGCCUGGGGGUGCUACUGCUGGGGGUGCUGGGCCUGAGGGUGCUACUGCGGUGGGUGCGGAGCCUGGGGGUGCUGAGCCGGGGGGUGCUGUGCCUGGAGGUGCUGGGUCUGGGGGUGCUGAGCUGGGAGCUGCUGAGCCUGGGGGUGCUGCGUCUGGAGCUGCUGAGCCUGGGGUUUCUCCUGCUGCUGCGUCUCGCCGGGAGCCCCUCUCUCCACAGGAGCUGCGCGAGUGGUUCGCUCGCCGCUGGAGGCGUGCUGCUGAGUCUGGAGGUGCCGCUGGAGCUGGAGCUGGAGCUUCUUCGACCGUCGAGGGUGCGGGUGCUGACGGUCCCGGAGCUGCUGGACCUGCGGGUCCUCCUGGAGCUGGAGCUGCUGAGGGCGUUCGUGCUGAGCCUACUGCUGUUGGUCCUGCCGCUGAAGGUGUGGGUGGUGCUGGUGCUGUCGCUGAGGGUGCUGGUGCUGUCCCUGCUGAGUCUGGAGCCGCCGCGCGGCCUCGGCCGUACUUCGUUCCGCUCCUGCAGCAGGUUCUUGGUCUUUCUCCUCCGGUAGAGGGUCCACCGCCUGUCCAGUCGCAGUCCCUGCUGGAGCCUUCCUCUCCACUGCCUGCUCCCUCUCCUUACACUGGUCCUACUGGAGGUCUUGCUGAGCGUCGUGAGCCUGCGUCUCGUCCCGCGUUGCCUGUUCGUGCUGCUCGCGCUAGUGGUCGCAAUUCGCGUCAGCGUCCUCCUCCUGUCCCUGGCACGCAUCGGAUGUCUCUGCGUCCGUCCACUGCUCCUCUGCGUGCCCCUUUGCCUUCUCCUCCUAAGUCCUCUCUUCCUGCGCUUGCCGACCCUGAGUCGGACUCUCUUCGCGCUGCGAGUCCUACUGUCACGCGUCUGCUUGCUACUGUCGUCACUGACCCCUCUUUUGAGUCCACUGCUGCGUCUGCUCUAGUCGCUGAGCUCGUUGACUUUGCUGCUCGCUGUCGUCUCGACUACGCUGCUAGUCUUAUUGCUGAGUUUGCGUCUGUCUGUCCUCCGUCCGUCGGGGGUGAGUGUGCUCUUGGCACGGACGUCCUAGAGGACAGGCAGGAGGAGUUACAGUGUCUAGCGGCUGCUUCACCUCAUCUCGCGUCUGUACUGCUUGCCCCUGAGGGAGACCCGGAUGCACUAGACAUCCCGACUCCGCGUUCUUACGCGGAGGCCGUAGAGGGUCCCUACUCCUCUCAGUGGCAGGCAGCUAUGGAUGCAGAGAUGGCUUCCUGGAAGUCCACAGGCACCUACGUUGACGCGGUUCCCCCUCCUGGGGCGAACAUCGUCAGUGGCAUGUGGAUCUUCAGGGUGAAGCGGCCGCCGGGCUCUCCACCUGUCUUCAAGGCACGGUACGUUGCUUGUGGCUUCAGUCAGCGGCAGGGAGUUGACUACUUUCAGACCUUCUCUCCCACCCCGAAGAUGACUACUCUUCGGGUGCUGCUGCACAUAGCCGCUCAGCGCGACUACGAGCUUCACUCUCUCGACUUCAGCACUGCGUUCUUGCAGGGUAGCCUGCACGAGGAGAUCUGGCUUCGCCGUCCACCUGGCUUCACUGGGACUUUCCCUCCUGGCACCCAGUGGAGCCUCCGACGGCCAGUCUACGGUCUCCGCCAGGCACCGCGUGAGUGGCACGACACACUGAGGACUACGCUUGCGGCUCUUGGGUUUGCUCCUUCUACUGCUGACCCGUCGCUGUUUCUUCGCACCGACACUUCCCUGCCGGCGUUCUACAUCCUCGUGUACGUCGACGACUUGGUCUUUGCCACUGCUGACACUGCUGGACUCGCCUACGUGAACUACCUUGGCUUGCAGAUCACUCGGGACAGAGCACGCCGCACCAUUACCUUGACUCAGUCACACAUGGUGCAGCAGGUCCUUCAGCGCUUCGGCUUCACGUACUCCUCGCCUCAGGCCACUCCUCUGCCUACUCGCCACUCACUCUCAGCUCUGCCUUCGGAUGAGUCCGUAGAGUCGAGUGGUCCGUAUGCAGAGCUUGUUGGCUGCCUCAUGUACCUGAUGACCUGCACACGACCUGACCUUGCAUACCCUCUGAGCAUUCUUGCACGCUAUGUUGCUCCUGGGAGACACAUACCGGAGCACAUGGCUGCAGCGAAGAGGGUAUUGCGCUACCUGUGCAGUACGUCGGGCAUGGGGCUAGUGCUUGGAGGGCGGAGUCCAGUGGUCCUUACCGGCCACGCAGACGCUUCUUGGGCUGACGACCAGGCUACGCAGCGGUCGUCACAGGGUUACACCUUCUGCCUUGGUUCCGGCUCUGUCUUGUGGCGGUCUACUCGCUCGUCUUCGGUUCUCGGCUCCAGUUGUGAGGCUGAGAUCUACGCAGGGGCCAUGGCUGCACAGGAGCUUCGCUGGCUCACCUACCUGCUGACUGACCUUGGAGAGCCGCCUCGUUCUCCUCCAGUGUUGUACGUAGACAACAAGGCUAUGCUGGCCUUGUGUCGAGAGCAGCGCUUGGAGCACAGAACGAAGCACAUUGCUCUCCGCUACUUCCUUGCUCGUGAGCUGCAGCAGCGUGGUCAGUUGCGACUUGCGUACGUGGCCUCUGAGGCCAACACUGCUGAUGUGUUCACCAAGGCACUCGCGCCUUGUGACCAUCAGCGCUUUUGCACCCAGCUGGGUCUUGUGCCUGUCUUGCCUCACUUGCUCUCCUCUUGA